AGUCAUAUCAUCUCAUCUCAAGGGACUGCGGACUGCGGACUUUGUGAACCUGGGCCGAUGACCACCGGCUUGCUGUGUGAAGAUCAUCUCACAACUUUGCAUAAUAGGCCUGCAUAAGAAAUCUGUUUAAAUUGCAGUCAAUUUUAAACUGUAUAACAUGGAGGUUAACGUGGUUCACGCCAAGUCUGGGAAAGAACUGGCCGUCAUUGCAGGGCUGCAUCCUAAGUCAACAAUCUUGGAUGUGAAAAAUGGGCUCCGAAACAUUCAACCCAAGUACUAUCCUGACCGCCAGUCCUAUAAAGUUGAUCCCCGCGGAAAGAUGGUAAAAGAUGGAGACUCUUUAGAAAGUUUGGGUAUUACUAAUGGAGGCAAACUCUACUUUAAGGACCUUGGGCCACAAGUUGGAUGGACAACAGUAUUCCUGACAGAGUACGCGGGGCCUCUGGUGAUCUACUUAAUAUUUUAUUCAAGACCUUCCCUGAUCUACGGCGCAGGAGCUGCUUCCAAACCAAUUGCUCAAGUGGUUCAUUUGGCUGCAGGAUGCUGGACAUUCCAUUAUGCUAAACGUCUGUUGGAGACUAUUUUUGUUCAUCGUUUCUCCCAUGCAACCAUGCCUAUUUCCAACAUCUUCAAGAAUUCAAUUUACUACUGGGGCUUUGCUGCCUUUGUGGCUUACUUUGUGAACCAUCCUCUGUACACUCCGCCAGCACAUGGAGAUAUGCAAAUGUAUGGUGGACUAGCAGCAUUCAUUCUGGCUGAGCUCGGUAACUUCUCAAUCCACCUCGCUCUCCGAAAUCUCAGGCCUGCAGGAUCAAAGGUGCGAAAAAUUCCUUAUGGUUCAGCUAAUCCAUUCACCUGGAUCUUUGGCCUCGUGUCUUGCCCGAACUACACAUAUGAGUCUUUGGCUUGGAUUGGAUUCACCAUCAUGACACAAUGUCUGCCAGCUGGACUUUUUUGCUUGGCCGGCAGCUACCAGAUGUUGAUGUGGGCACGAGGCAAGCACCGCAACUACCUGAGGGAGUUCAAGAACUAUCCUCGCUUCAGAAAGUCCAUGAUCCCUUUCUUGUUGUAGAUUUUUGCUACUUUUGACAAAUAUUUUUCGGUCAUGCCACUUUUCUGGAUACUUACAGGAGUGUUCUUUCCUGUGUGAACGUCCUGGCUGUAUUUUAUAGGAUGUUAUACCAACAAGUCUUUUAGGGUUCAGUUUGAUGAAUUUCAGAAUUCCUUUGAUCUCUUGGGGACCCAUCAGUGUUAUUGUGGCAUAAUCCUACCAUGAUUUGCAAGGGAUUUUUUUGUAUCUUAGACUGCGGUUGAACACUUCGUCUUUGCCUUCAUAGUUCAGCUCCAUUCAUGUAUUUUCAUGAGCAUAGUCUUGUCAAGAGCAGCUGAGUCGAAAAACUGCAUAGUAGCAGUUGCUGUGUUCAGGAAGGUUUUAAAUUUCUCUUUUAUUUUAUUUUUGUUUUAAAAUUUUUUAUGAAGUUAUAACAAAAGGAAUUAGCAUAUUAUCUUUUCUAUAUUUUUGCAUUUGAUACAGACAUCUUUGGCAGUGAAACCGUAAGCUAGUGAUUCCUUAGUAAAUCAAAUUGUAUAAGGCAUUGGUUCUUAAAUCAAAGAAUGGAUGUUUAGCUUUGUUUCACUAAGAGUAUUUGUGGACUCGCAUAGAGUAAGCAGCCAUAGAUAUUUGGAUGACUUUGUCAAUUAUAGUAAGGGCUGUCAAGUAUGUUGAAUGGUGAUUAUGAUGAGAUAUACAUCACUAAGUUAUAAGACAAUGUUGCUAUUUAUAUUUUUGUGUGUAAGGAGAAAGUUGUUAUUUGUGUUAACAUGUUUUGUUUAAUAACUCAAAAGUACUCAUUUUACUACUUGCUGUAAUCUUUUAGAGCAAUUGAUGAACAUUAUGACAUGUUUUUUCAGAAGUAUUUUUGCUCAUCCUUCCAUUCUUCAGAGGUCAAACUGAUACCUGAGUGAAUGUUUGUGCAUCUGUUCUAAGUUACUUGAAAAGAUUUUUAAUACGCUAGGGAUUUUAAUUUCUCUUUUUCACAUCAGAUUUCUGUUUUUUUGUUUUUUUCCUUCUUGUGGAUGGAGUCGUUGAAUGUUUUCAUUCCCAGAAUAAAGUUUUUCACAAAUAUUUUUUACAAAA